GGCCGCUGAAGUGACAAAUCUCACCAUAUUUUACGUUACCAAGCGUAUUUAUGGUGCGGCAGUAAGUUAUUUCAAGCAUGCUCGUUGAUUCUUUUGUGCAACCCGCGUAAUUUCUAAUGCAUGGGUGUGCGCCUUUCUUUAUGCUGACAAUUCCAAAAAGGUUCCUGGACAUAUAACCGAAUCCCAACGUGUCCAGUUUCCAUGAACGAAAUGAUAUCGCGCCUAUGGGAAAUAUUCUUGACCGUGUGUCUAAUAUUUUUUCCUUUUGGAAAUGGAAAUAUAAGAUAUCUUGGAUCAAUUAUGGCAUACGGAUCCGGUGACACUAUGCUGUAUGUUGCCAGAAAUCAUGGAGGCCCAAACACCGCGAAGCAUAAAUGGAACAUGGAAUGUCUUGAUGGAGAAGGAAUGGUUGGAGUCCACGAUUGGCAGGAUGAUUUUGAGGUAUGUAAGCGGAUACAAAUGGCUCAAUGUAAAUUCCUGUUUCCAUACAAGCCUCCAUCGCACGGCUUGUAUCCCUAUUUUUCGAGCUGUGUUGUCAGAAACUACACCGGACAGUUCUUUUGUUUUGAUCCACAAAAUGCAUCUCUCACAAUGAACACAUUUGUGACCGGACUUUGGGACGAUGAUUACACCUGGUUCACCUAUCGCUCAGCUGCACUGGGUUCCGCGGCUGACAAUUAUCAACCAUACAAAUGCUGCAAAGUGCCCAAUGGAUAUUACAUUGACUACGUAUCUUGCUACUAUGUACCGACACAUGAUCAGUUUCGCGAAUUCUACGACGCCGUGACCCAUCAGAUCCAGAUUUUAUGUGGCACCGGCUACGUGAUGACGGGCCUCUCAAAGAAACUCAAUCCGGUCACUCAACUGUAUAAUUUGGUUUGGAUUCAAUGCUGCCGAGUCGGGUACGGUCCAGCAGCAGUUGAGUCUUCUCCUAUUGUGUACGGUCCGGGAAGAACGCCGGUAUUUGUUGCAAGAGAUAACCGGCUACCAACUUAUAUCAGCGAAAAUUACCAAUCGCAAUACCGCUCCUUGGAAAAAGAGCAUUGUGAUAUCUCCAUGGAUUCUUUUUCAAACCGGCUAAGUAAUAAAACAUUUGGUCCAGGAAACCCAUGCACAUGGAGCGAUCGUUACAAACCGGCGAAACCCCGGAAAUUUGCAUCGAUGUAGGCCCUCGGCUAAAAAUGCUUUCAAUUUAGUGAUCAUGAGUUUUGAACCAUUUAGUAGCUGGUCACUUGAGAGCUGUCCACCUUGACAUCCUGGUGAAUGUUUUAAAUAACAUCGUACAACGCCUGAAAUGGUAUUGUUUUCUCGAAAACUAUGUUGCAAUUGUGGGUCUGUGACAGCCCAAGCAGAAUGGAUACCGCCUUACUUUUUACCGAAGUUUAUCUUGUUAAUAUUUCAGCAUGGCUGAUUGGCUGACAGAAAAAAAUCUU